UAUUUGGAUCUUCAGAGUACUGAAUUCACCUGACUAUAUCGAAAAUAAAUUUAAAACUUCCAUAUGGUAAUUUAAGGAACUAUUUGUCACUGUCUCUUUUUCAGAUUUUAAAUCUUUAAACAACCGCCCCUAGCGCGCAAGCGCACCGAAAGCGGACUCACGCCGGGGAAACAGCUCCCCCUUUCUAGUAACUUCCUCAAUUCGGGGCGUCAUCACUGCGCGCCGUGGGUCAGUUGGAUUGUUUCUGUCUGCCGCUUUGAGACUGAGAUCGUGGCGUGGAAGACUUGUCUGGAACCUUACGGUUGGAGCGAGUCGGACCCUACCUGCCAUGUCGGAGAGUGCGGAGAGCUCCGCGGAGGCCCACAGCUCAUCUGAAUCCUCCGCUCAGGGCUUCGCUGCUGCCCACCCGCGAAUCAUCAAAAUCACGGUGAAGACUCCCAACGAGAAGGAAGAGUUCGCUGUGCCCGAGACCAGUAGCAUCCAGCAGAUGUCUUCCAGGACAGGAGGACUGGUGUGCUGUUGGCUGGUUGCUGCAUCAAGAGCUCAUGACUGGUGUAUCUGGAGCAGUCCAUCCUCAUUGUCCAUGUUCAAGGAAGAAAUCUCUAAGCAUUUCAAGUCCCACACUGAUCAACUUGUUUUGAUAUUUGCUGGAAAAAUUUUAAAAGAUCAAGAUACUUUGAUUCAGCAUGGGAUUCAUGAUGGACUUACUGUUCACCUGGUCAUCAAAAUGCAAAACAGAUCACAAGACCAUCCAGGUCAACAAACACACACCACUGGCAGUAUUACUACCACAUCAAUAUCGAGCAGUAAUACCUCAACACCAACUUCAACAAAUAUAAAUUCUUUUGCCUUGGGUGGCCUUGGAGGUUUGACAGGCCUGAGUAGCCUGGGAUUAAAUGCAUCAAACUUCUCAGAGUUGCAAAGUCAGAUGCAACAACAACUUAUGUCCAACCCAGAAAUGAUGGUUCGGAUAAUGGAAAAUCCAUUUGUUCAGAGCAUGCUUUCAAAUCCUGACCUGAUGAGACAGUUAAUAAUGGCUAACCCUCAAAUGCAGCAACUGGUACAGAGAAAUCCAGAAAUCAGUCACAUGCUGAAUAAUCCAGAUAUAAUGAGACAGACACUAGAACUUGCUAGAAACCCUGCAAUGAUGCAGGAAAUGAUGCGAAACCAAGAUCGAGCCUUGAGCAACCUUGAAAGUAUACCAGGUGGCUACAAUGCCUUGCAACGUAUGUACACAGAUAUUCAGGAGCCAAUGUUGAAUACAGCACAGGAACAGUUUGGAGAUAACCCAUUUGCUUCCUUAGUAAGCAAUGAGUCAUCAGGAGGGGACAGCCAGCCAUCUCAUACAGAAAAUAGAGAUCCUUUACCAAAUCCCUGGGCUCUUCAGUCCAGCUUUCAGAAUUCCACAAGUACCAGCACCAGUGGUGAAAGCAGUGGCAGUAGUCAUGUUGGAAAUAGCACCUCUGCUAGUAUGGGACAAAGCUCAACUAUACCAAAUUUGGGACCUGGACUAGGAGUUGGUAUGUUCAACACACCAGGAAUGCAGAGCUUGUUCCAACAGAUAAUGGAAAAUCCACAACUUAUGCAAAAUAUGUUGUCUGCACCAUAUAUGAGAAGCAUGAUGCAGUCAUUGAGCCAGAAUCCUGAUCUUGCAGUACAGAUGAUGUUGAAUAAUCCUUUAUUUGCUGGAAAUUCUCAACUUCAGGAGCAAAUGAGACAACAGCUUCCUACUUUCCUUCAACAAAUGCAGAAUCCUGACACGUUAUCAGCUAUGUCAAACCCUAGAGCAAUGCAGGCUUUGCUACAGAUUCAGCAGGGCUUGCAGACACUAGCAAUGGAAGCACCAGGACUUCUACCAGGAUUGAAUCCUGUUUUGGGUGGAUUGGAAAGCACUGGAGCUCCUACAGGGUCCACUGUACCUAGUUCAAUUCCCAGUGAAAAUACAAGUUCAGUAUUGGGGGCCACUGAACCUAGUCACCAGCAAUUUGUCCAACAAAUGUUGCAGGCACUUGCUGGCACAAAUGCUCAGCAGUUACAAAAUCCAGAAGUUAGAUUUCAGCAACAACUGGAGCAGCUGACUGCAAUGGGCUUUUUGAACCAUGAAGCAAACCUACAAGCUCUAAUGGCAACAGGAGGAGAUAUCAGUGCAGCUAUUGAAAGGCUCCUUGGUGCUCAGCUUUCAUAGCACUGUCUUUAACUUGAAAAAAUGUAAUUUAUUUUUGAUAGCAGUCCUUAAAUCUUUAAAACAAUUGCUUUAUUUCAUUCUGACUGUUGAGUUUGUCUUGUUUUAACCAAAUCAUGUAUUUUAAGGUCAAGUGCAGUUUUCUUCAAAUAGGGAAUUGAUGCAUUUUCAAUCAGUUCUUGUUUGCAUCACUUUUGUUCUUCAUUAUUUCUUAAUUUUUUUGAAACUAUAUCAGCUUUCACAGUUGAUUAAGCAGGUUUUCUCUGACUUGCAACUGUCUAAUUUAUUUACUACUAAACCAUUAGUGUUCAGUACUAAUUUAUGUAAGAUACAAAUUAAAAAGGAAAAAAUUGAAGGCUAUAACAUGUGGGUACCAGUGAUGCUUAUGGUGAUUUUGGCAUGUAUUUUUUUGCUAGGAAAAUGCUGUAAGAUUUAUACUACUUUGGGUAAUCUACCAUUUUUGCUUUUAAUUGUAUGAAGUUUAACAUGACAUACAAUGGAGACAGCUCAUUUCUAUAAAUUUAUACAUUGCAAUAGAAUGAAAUGAUAAGUAAAAUUAUAAGUAACCAAAAAAGGCCAGGGGGAAAAAAAAAGUAGUAAGACAUGGGCUUAGUGUAGAAUCUUCCAGCAUAUUUGGUAAACAUCUCACAAAAAAUGCUUGGGCAAGUUCAUUUAAAAUAUAUUAGAAUUGCUGUUCUAGUUAUAUCUUCACAUCUAGCCAUAAAGAAACCUGCACUGUAACAUUGUCUCAUUGCAGCAUUGUUACAGAUUAACUGUAAAUUACCUUUGUGCAAAUUAAAGGAGCACUGCAUUGUGCUCUGAAACUGUCUCUAAGGCAUUUCAUCUUGUUCCAUUGAAAUUCUAACAUGCAUUAUGAUUUGUAUUUGGAAACAUUACUUUCAGCCACUGUAAUGUGAUAUUCUAAUUACUUUUAACCGCCAUGACCACCAUGUAAAAAAAAUACUGUAUAUCUUUUGAGUUUUUAUUGGUAGUUACCUCUUGUGCACAGGUAAUAAAUUAAUUUAAAAGUA